GCACUGUAGAUGGUUUCGACGCUCGCCGCAAUCCGAAAUUUCCUGGUUACUGUGGCAGAUGUGCUAGAUACUGUAUACUUUAAGUUAGCACAAAUUUUAGGGUUAAGCAAACGAAUCGGAGAACGGCUUUCCAUAAUAUAUUUGGGUGUUGCGAGCGUUUUUGUAUUCACAAUUCUAAUUUCCUUAAUCGUGUCCAUCGCUUCGACAGCUAAAUCGAAAUCAGGAGAACCAGAACCUGUAAUAACUACUGCAAAUGCUAUCAGUACGUCUACUACUGUGACACCGGACAAAACGCAAAGUGCAUCAGUAUCCCUAACGUAUCCACACACUACAGUAACAAGCAAGCCACCUCUAACACUAUUUGUAACGACAACGAGGAAUAGGCAAACAAGCACAACACCUCGUACGCCUCCUUCCACAACUACACAGAGUAAGCCACAAACAUCAUCAAGCAGAUCAACUCGAAGAAGCUCUAUAACGACAACGACGACAACGAGGAAGCCACAAACCUCGUCAAGCAGUUCAACUCGAAUAACCUCUCCGGCGACAACGAUCAAGCCACCGGAAAAUCCCGUUCAUUGUAUGUUUGUCGCAGACGUGCUCAAUCUGGGCAAGGACUCGACAGCGAUUACCCAAUACUUUGAGGAAAAAGAAUUGAUCUUUCAAAUUGCUGAAUCAGUGAUAAACUGGUACGAUGGUAACACUGUUGCGUCUUGGGCUUACGGUCACGUCAAACCAACGAGCUUUCGACAGCGGUUCGAAAGUUUUACGAAUGACUGGCAAAAAUUCGCUGAAUAUACACACGAGCUGAUGACGCUUUACAAUAACUCACUAUCUCCGUCUGUAGGAAAUGACGAGGUAUUUUCGGAAAUCAAUGAAAAUGGAGACCUCGACCGCAAAGCAAAUUGCUUGGUCUUCCUAUCAGCCAUGACAAAUACAACGGGAUAUACGAUCAAACCCAAAUACGAGCAUUACAAAAGAAUUGUGGUUGUCAAUCUGGCUGGUGGAAACUUCGGCAAGAUUCUGGACGAUAAUCGAGGAACACUCGUCUCGGUCACGCAACCAUAUAAUGGCGGAGAAAGCGGUUCAAGGGAAAAUCGCAAUAAAGUAUUCAAGGCAAUUUUAGAAGGGUUUUUGAAAUAAUUUAACCACUGUUUGUACAAGGUGCCCUUUACUUGCACUUAUUGCUAUGGAUUUCAUCUACAGUGGAGCAUAAUAUUUUGGCAUUAUGAAAAUUUAAGCGGCAUUUGUAUGAUUUCAAAUAUUAACAUCGAUCGUCAGUAUCGAUAUGCAGAACUUUUCCUGACUCGUACAACAAAAUGAUUUGCAUGCUAGUAAGCUCUCUUCAAGAAUUCUUCCACUUAGUUUUAUGAACAACUCACUUUGCUAG